AUGGAUUUCUCCGUUAUACGUCCAAAGCCACCCGCCAAGAAACCCAUCGACGGGCCGCCACCAAAACCGCCAUCAGCAGCACCACCACCAGGCGGCGUACAAACACCCCAGCCUCCUCCGGGGAAAGCUCCGCCUCAGAACCUUGGUCCAUACAUGGAGGACUUGGAUCAUAUUUCUGGCAUACAACGUAUGAGAAGUAUCGAGUACACAAACGCAAGAACUUGGAGGAUGCAUCUUGGAGACUACCCUAAAGAUUACUAUGAUCAUUAUGGUAACUAUGAGCAUGGCCAUCAUCCUGUUGGAUUCCAUUACUACGACCAUCAUCACAUGCCGCUACCCCCGCGGCGCCAGCGUGCUCUCCUUCCGCCCGACCACCGCCACAGUACUCUCCCAGGGCCGCCAUUGCGGCUCGGACUUCCUCCACCAGAAUAUCAUUGUGGACCGCCACCGGCUACGUAUUAUUAUCCGCCGCCACAGCAUGGUGGACUCUUCAGUGAUGAAAAUCCCAACGGUUGCAUGAUUAUGUGA